CAUGUUACCCAGCAGUUUCAGUCUCGCAGCGUAAUUUGAAAGUGACAGACCGCGGGCUGGCAAUUAAAUUUUUAUUUAAACUAAAAAAAUUCAAAUAUAUUUUAUCAGAAGUUGAAACCUAAAAAAAAUUAAUAAAACAAGCGAAAGCUGUGUACACAAUUUAAAUAAAUAAUUAAUUUAUAUUAAAUAAAAUAUUUAUUUGUCAUCUAGUCGACAAUUAUCUAUAGUAUUUCGUUGGGUUAAACUUAAAUAUUUCCUACUCUUAGCAAUAUUUUUUUUUACUUUUAUAUUUAAAAUAAUUAAUUCAUUGUCGAUAAAGAUAAAACGUGUGUUCUGUGAAUAAUUGUGUGAAACCAAAGUUAUUUUUUAUAUUUUUUUAUUAAAUCUAUCUAUCAAUCAGAUAUCAAAGUUCAGUAAAAGCAAAAAUUUAAAAAAAAAAAUUUUUUUUUUUUUUCUUAAAAAUCUAUACUAAUUUUUUUUUAUACUAAUUACCGGAUAAAAGUGUGGUUAUUAUUUUUAUAAUUAAUAAAUUAUCGUGUUUGAAGAGGUGCCUUUUUUUAUGUCCAUAUAAAAAAAAAAUAAUUAUCUUUUUUUUAUAUCUAAGAGGAAAAAAAUAAAUUGGAGUGGCACACGCUUCACACAUUGUGAUAAAAUAUAAGAGUGAAAAUCUAUAAGGGCAUAAAUUGCCGAUAAUUAAAUACCAACUGAUACCAAAACAGCCCGACCAUUCUCUUCUCAAAGCCAAAGAUGGACAUAGAGGUGCAGGUGGCAUUAAAUUUCGUUAUAUCUUAUCUCUAUAACAAAUUGCCAAGAAGGCGUGUGAAUAUAUUCGGUGAAGAGCUGGAAAAAGCGCUGAAAGAUAAGUUCCAGGGUCACUGGUAUCCGGAAAAACCUUUCAAAGGAUCGGCUUUCAGAUGUUUGAAGACCGGCGAUCCAAUUGAUCCUGUGCUGGAACGUGCUGCCAAAGAAAGCGGAGUGCCAAUUCAAGACAUCUUGGAAAAUCUUCCAGCAGAAUUGGCUGUUUGGGUUGAUCCAGGCGAAGUGAGUUAUCGUAUUGGUGAAAAAAACAUGAUAAAAAUUCUGUACUCGGAGAGCGCUGAUCUCCAUGACGAGAGCUCUGCUGACCGCGAGGUGACCAAGACCUUCAACCCGGAGGCGCAGUGCUUCAGACCAAUCGAAGCCGUAGGAACAUCUCUAAGUGGAUUGAGUUUGAGUCCUAAAUCAACUUCUCCGUUCCCCUCCUCAUUGGCCAGCAGUGCUAGCAACGGAUCAUCUAAUAACCAAAGUGGUCAUGGUUCUGGGUCAUCAUCGGCACCCUCACCAACACCAAUAACUAACUCAUUCAAGGGAUCGCCUAGUCCUGUACCAGCUUUUAUUCCACGGUCUACUGCGCCCUUGACUUUCACUACUGCUACUUUUGCUCAGACUAAAUUUGGCAGCACUAAAUUGAAAACCAGCAGCAAACGAGCAAACAGAUCAUCAUCUUCCAGAAUGUCACCGACUGAAUUUUCCAACUACAUAAAACAACGUGCAAUGCAACAGCAAAUCCAUCACCACCAUCACCAUCAACAUCAGCAGCAGCAGCAACAGCAGCAACAGUCAGGCCUACCAGUAUCACAGAACUCACCGACGUCUCGUUCACUUUCACCAGGUGGUGUAGUCGGACAGUCACCGCAAGCUCAACAGCCCCAGCAACCGCAACAGCACACAGAUCCAAGUGCAUACUUCUUCCCGGGUCCAUACCACCCACAAUUCACUCACCGCAAUAUUUUCGACUCAUCAAAUCACGGCGGCUACUUGCCCGAUUUAUACGGCGCUAAAUUUCCAUCGUCUUACUUGGACCCCUCAAACAUCGGGCACCAGUUCUACGGCAGUGUCGGUACCAGCAGCUCACAAACAUCCACUAAUCUCGGGCCAAUUGGCUCAGGAGUAAGCAAUUCAUCAAACGGUAAUCAGCAGGAAAAGACAACUCUCGUCGACGGGUUAAACAAUUUCGGACUCGGACCCGUCACUCCUUAUCCAGCCAGCCAAUACCAGCAUCUAUUGGUCGCUAAUUAAUAUCCCAGUAACCUGGCCCCCACUUGCCCGCCACGUCCAUCAUCGGUCGUCUAAGCGGUCAUUUAUAAUUUAUUUAAAUAAAUUUAACACACACAACACAACAACUCCAACCUCAACCAGUAAACCUCAUCCUCUAAUUCUCAUCUACUUUUCUCUAAUUAAUUAAUUAUCAUCCUAAAAAUUUUUUUAAUCCUUUUACUACUAUUUAAAUUUUAAAUAAUUACUUACAAUGUACCGAUCAAGGGCCAGGACUAAAUACCGACAGCUCAUACUAAAAAAAAAAAUUUUUUUAUGAGACUGUGGUUUAAUUGAGCAAAGAGAUGAGAUAGAAGAUUUACAUUGGGACAAAUUUAAAAAAAAAACACUUAUGACAACAAUAAUAAAUAAUAAAAUAAAUAAAUAAUGAUAUUAAUAUUAAUGAAAAAAAAAAAAAUCAAGAACAUCAAUUUAAAAAUAUAACAACAAAUAAUUACCGUCGUGUAAUAAUUUAUUUUUUCACUGGAUUAGUCGAAGAAUAUUUAAAUAUAUCUGUAGAGCCUAUGUAAUUAUAAUUCAAAUGCACUCGGGGUUAUUACAUGGUAUGAAUAUGAAAAAGUUUCUCAUAAAAUAUAAAUAACUAAAUAUAUUGUUAUUUAUAUAAAAAAUAAAACACUAAAAAAAUGGAUCUAAAACAGAGAAACAUUUAAAAUUCCGUCAUACCAUCGAAAACUCGUCCUUUGGUACGAUCUUACAUUUUAUUUUUAUAAUGAAUAAAUAAAAAAAAAAAAGUAAAAGUAAAUAAAUAAAAUAAAUACGCAGUAGACAAUUUUAUAGAUGGUCGUGGCACGUAAGUGGCGCAAUUGAUCCUUAAUUAUAAAAAAUUAUUUUUAAAAAUCGAGUGGUUUUUUUUUUAAAAAAAUUUAAAAUAAAGAGAAAAUAAAUUUUCAAUAAAUAAUUAUAGUUUAAUUAUAAUUUUUUUAAUUAUUUUUUUAUUAAAUAAUUUAAUAUUUAAUUGUAAAAAAAAAGUCUAAAAUUAUUUUUUUUAUUUUUUUAUCGUUUUUUUAAAUCGAGUAUUAAUUUUUUUUUUAAUAUAUUAUUUUUUAAAAAAUAUAAAAAACAAAAAAUAAUGUGGCCACGUACGAGUCAACGAGUCAAUUAGAUGAUUACAUAAUAAUUUAAUCGUAUUCACAAAAAAUUUAAAAGAGACGUCGUUAUAAAAAAUGAUAAAAUUAUUUUUUUGUUAAAUUUAAAUUAAAUGAAUAUUCGACGUCUUAUAAAUAAUUAAAGAAAAAAUAUAAAACGUGAUUUAUACGAGCAUCGAGUGAUAAAAAAUAUUAAUAAAAUAAGUGUCACGAGCCGCGGGCCGGACACUUGGGUGCUAAAAGUAUUAAAUGUUAUCUUGAAAUCGCGAAUUAAAUAAAUGGGUUGUCUUGUAUUUUUUUUUUUUAAUUUUUUUAAAUACGAGACAAGAGGAAUGAAUUUAAAAAAAAAAAUAAAACGUUGACAACUUUCGGAUCUAAAGAGGGUAGAACGAAAAAAAAAUUGCAACACCAGUACCCUUUUUUAUAAAAAAAAAAAAAAAAAUAACAAAAAUAUCUAAACUUAAUUAUUAUACUAUUAAACGAUACGUACGACUGUGGUAGCUAUGCUAGUACCUGCUAUUGUUAAAAAAAAAAAAGUACAUAAUAAUUAAAAACACUACGAGUGCAAACGGAAGACGAGAUGAGUUUUCAAAUGAUUGAUAAAAAGAAAUUUUAAAAAAUUAAACAGUCACUGAAAAAUAAAUAGAUUUUUAAAAAUGUCUUAUCGUUGGCACUAAAUUACGCGGGUUAUUUGAAAAAAAAAAAAAAAAUUGCAAUAAAUCAGAAAUCAAAUAGACGAUUGGCGGAGAUUUAAAUUAUAUGCCUGAUAAAUCAAACACGAUGUAUACUGUCAUGAUUAAAGUUUAAUAAAAUAAAAUAAUAAUAAUAAAUAUUCUGAGGAAUUAAUGGGUUGGGAUGAGAUUUAAUGGUGCAAUAAAAUAGUAAGCGAAAAUUCGUUUAACCCUCAAUGGUUUUACUAUUGGCGCGAAUAGUAACGGUCACAAAGGGUCUGCCGUCUAUAAUCGGCUGUAUAAAUUUGAAAAUUUUUAAAUUUAAUUUAAUAAUCAGGAAGUUAAACAUUUAAAAAUUUUUAAAUUUUUUUUAAACUACAUAAUUAUAAAAAAAAAAAAAAUAAAUAAAAAAAUGCACAUGUAGAAAAUUUAAAAAACUACAAGGAAAUUUUUUUAAGUAUUUUUUUUUUUUGUAAUUUGUCGUUUUUGGAAAAAUUUAAAAAUUAUUAGACGGCUAACUUCAAUAUAAUAUUUAAUCGCGAUAUUGUUAAUUAUAUAUUUUUUAUAAAAAAUGAAAUUUAUUUUUAUUUUUAGAAAUUUUUUUUUGGUUCGAAUUUCGAUCCUUCAAAAUUUUUUUUACUUUCGAUAGUCGAAUUUUAAGAAAGAAAAUUUGAAUUUUAGAAAAUUUUAAAAACUGACGGAUAAAAAUAUACCAAAGAUUUUAUUAAUUUGAAUAUUUUUUACUAAAUCAUGAUAAAAAUAAUUUGUAAAUAAAUUUACUUUGACCUAAAAUUAAAAAAAUAAUUUUUAUCUAAAAUUUAUAGGUUAGAAAAAAGUGUAAUUGGUUUUUUGAAAAUAUCUCUAUAAAUAUGAAAUUUUUCAAAAAAAAGUAAGAGACUUUUUUUGUAGAUCUUUAAAUUCUCUACAAAAAGUGUAUCUUUAACUUUUUAAAAAAAUUCAAUAGUCAUCGAGAUAUUUCGAGUUUAAAAAAUCCCGGGGUGUUCUGGCGCCCAAGUGGCCGUUCAGGGUUAAACGAAAGCUGAACAAACUUCUAGAUCUAUUGGAUUUAAAGAAUAAUUAAAAUAAAUAUAUAGUAUUAUAAUGUUUAUUGUAUAACUUUAUAAGUAAAAAAAAAUACAUGCAUAGUUUUUCAUUGCAUUGGAUAUAAAAAAUAUAUAAUCGUAACCGUAAUACGCGAUCUAAAUAAUAACGAAAACGUAAAUCAAUCCACUUAAAUAAGUAUAUGAAUAUAACAACAAAAAUACAUAUAUUAUAUAUAUAAAUUUAAAGAAAACUCGUUCUCGCAUGUAUCCAGGUCGAUCUGUCUUUAAAAUAAUUAAGUAUCAAGUGUGUAUAUUUAGAUAAAUAAAAUUUUUUAAUAAUCGGUGUUUACUAUUUUAAAUAAAUAAUUUAAAUAAUUGGAAGAUUUAUAUUUUUUUUAAACAAAUUGUUUAUAUCUUUUUUAUUAAAAAUACUUAAACAUUUAAAGUUAACACUUUUUUUAAAAUAAAAAAUUAAUUAUUAAAAAAAGUUUUAAUGUUUAUUAAAUGUAUUUUUAAUAGUUUAUGAUAUUUAACAGUUUAUAUAAAUAUAAAAAAAAAUAUAAAUAAAUAAAUAAAUAAAUAAUAACAAACUCAUAAAUUAUAUAAAACUAUAAUAUACGAUAACGUGGUAUGCCGUUAAAAUAAAUAAAAUAAUUAGUUAAUUAUAAAAAUAUAUCCACACAAUAUAUUCUUAUACUUAGCCGAGAUAAAAAAAAAAUAAUUAUUUAGAAAAAAAAGGGGGACGCAGGGUUUCAAAAAGUGACAAUUUAUUUAAUUUUUUUAACAAAUUGUCCUUUAGACCAGGCUCUAUUUAAAUAAAACUCUUGCAUGUAAAUAUAGUUUAUCAUACAAUAGCCGUCUCAGAUUUUAUUCGACUAAAAAAUAUUUAAAAAAAAUUUAUUAAUAAGAUUUUUCUUGAAACUGACAGAUAUUACAAUAAAAAAAAAAAUUUCGGAUUUCUCAUAUACCAAUAAAACAAAAAAAAAUAAAUGAUAUAAUUAGAUUUGUAAUUAAUUAUAUAUAUUUUUCAAUACUUUAACUACUUGCUGUAUGUAAAAUUAUUGUAAUACACAUAUUUAAAUAAUUAAUAUUUAAAAUUAUAUAUAUAUAUAUAUAUAUAUAUUUAUAUAUAUAUAGAUUAUAAAACACACACAUACACACCGGAUACGAUAUUUAUUUGAAUUUAAAUAAAACUUGUGGCGGGUAACAAACAGAGGGUUAAUUUACAAAAAAAAA